AUGAAUAGUAAGAGUACACUCAGAAUGCUUAAUAAUCCCAUAGCAUGUGGUGCAGCCAAUAAGGACACAUUUGAUUGGCUUUUGAAUAAUAGUAACACCGGGUAUUUGCAGAUUGUGCCCAAAGUUCAACAUCAAUUUGGGAUUACGAUUGGACUUAUAUUCCCGCAGAUACUGAGUAUUUUUGACACUUUCUUAUAUUGCGAUGAAAUAGACAUCAAUGACAUCCACGACGUUAUAGAAAAUACGGACGGAUUAACGAAUCAAACGCUGGAUAAUAAGGGAUUGAAAUCCAUUGAAGACUUAAAAGAUGUGAUUAUAAUGAUUGACAAAAUGAGUACUUAUUUGCAAACAAAUGGUGAACCAAUUGAGCCAACAGUGGCUAUGAAUAUAUCGCAACAUAUGGUGACACUUAUGAGUCAAGUAAUCGAUCAAAACGUAUGGACGGAUGUGAAGAGUGCAGAGACUGUAGAGUUGGCCUCAAAACUUCUAAAAAACAAGAAUAGGUUGCAUUUGGGCGAUAGAGUUGAGUGUGUUUUCUGGGAUUUCAUACAAAGCAAGUGGUCGUCAGAUGGAUGUCAUGUAAUGGACAGUGAAUCCAAUCGUGAGAUAACUGUCUGUGAAUGCAAUCAUUUGACUAAUUUUGCGGCUCUUAUGGACACUUCCGGUCGAGAAGACAAUAAUCGCUCGUCCAUCAGCUGUGAAGACAUGUCUGUCCACCGACUCUUUGGAUCUGUUCUCAGUGUCAUCUCUGACCACGAAUUCAUGGCCUGUAUAUGCAGUUCAUGUCCAGAAAUACCACUCGUUUUAAUCGCUAUCUGUUAA